CUUCCGGAUCAGUUUCCUACUAGUUCACUUAUCUCGCCGCUAUUAUUAAUGUCUGAUCCAUUAAGGUCUGAUAUCUUGACUCGGGCUGCUCACGCUCAAGUUUAUUGCAGCUGAAUGGUAUCUGCAUAACACAUUUGUCUGUUUUCUCACCGAACUCAGUGGAUGUGCGUCAUUCGCUGAUUGUCUUUCCAAAGGCUGGGACUCUUCACCGGCUGUGCUUUUAGGAUCUGAUCAUGGAUUUGUGGUCGACUACGAAACACCAGCAGCUGUCUACGGGAGCAGCUCUUUUCAGGUGUUUCCCUUUGUGAGACAUUCUGGCUUUUACACUUCUUAUGUACUCAAGAAACUGGAAGUCCUCACACUUUAGAGUUGCGACACUCCGUUCCUCAGACUCUGUCUUCCAUCUGAACUAUUGGAUAUAUGGUUGGUUUUAGAUCUUAUUGUGCUCUAGGACUAUCGCUUUUCCAUUCGUACUCCUACUUCAGCAUUUUCUCUUACGUUCUUCUUGAUUUGGAGACGCCAAACAGGAAAGGAAGUAGACGCUUGUAUGGCUUGCUGCUUUCAAACAAGUUGCCAUGGCAGCUGUAGUCAAGAUGAUGAAGGUGACCUCCAGCACAGCAGCACAGGGAGCGAAGCGGGCACGGCAGGGGACGGCACCCCUCCUCCCAAGCGCAAGGGCAAGUUCUCUACCCUGGGUAAAAUCUUCAGACCCUGGAAGUGGAGGAAGAAGAAAAGCAGCGAGAAGUUUAAGGAAACUUCAGAAGUUUUGGAAAGAAAGAUGUCGAUGAGGAGGCCAAGACAGGAACUGAUCGAGCAGGGAGUGCUCAAGGAGCUUCCUGACAAUGAAUCAGGUGAGGCCCAUGGCCACAAGACACCUUAUGUGAAGAACGGUCACACUCUGCCUGUAGGAGUUGGGGGAGGUCUGGGGCUAGAGCAGAUACACUCGCCCACUGAAUCUGAAUUUAGAGUCAACCCUGUCUGGCUGCCGCAGCCCGAUGACCGCAGAGGUCGUGCCCCUUCUGAUGGGGAUCAUCAUGGAGCAUUGGGCCCCCGGGCCUCCAAUUGGUCUGUUGGGACAGAGGACUGGAAAUCUAAUCUGGCCUGGCAAGGAGAUGAUAUCCGACAUGGAAGACUGCAUGCUGAAGUGGACAAGAGGCCUGGGCUAAUGAAAGCCCCCUCUGAGGAUGGACGCAGGACUCGCCCCGAAUCGGACUGGAAGCCAACGCUUCCUCGCCACUCAUCUGUCGAAGAGGGAAGGGGAAGACAAGAGUCUGACAGCAGUCAAUACGUUCCUAACUCAGAGGUUUUGAGGGACACACUGCGGGAACCUCUGCCCCCCAAGCAGUCCGUCAUGCCACCAAAAUGGCUGAUGACUUCCACACCGGAACCUGGUGCUGACAGCUUGCCCCGCACUCCUGUCCACAACCCUGCAUCUGCUUUCUCCUCUUCCUCUGCCUCCUCCAACUCCUCCUCCUCAGCUCUCAGCACAGCUGGAAAACCGCUACGAAAUGUAUCCUCAGCUGGCGCCAACACACAGACCUCCAGCAGCGCUCCCCUUACCACCUCUUCAGCACCAUCCUCUAUGGGCAAUGGCCCAGCCCAGCCCACCAAACAGCCCCCUCUCCCUCCACCCAAGCCAAUCAACCGUAGCAACAACCCUGCCAUGUUGGCCUCCACCCUGCAUGGGGGUGACGGCAGCGAUUUCCCCCUCUACUGGUCCUGUUGGAAGCGUGAGGGUGACCAUGACGUCUACCUGUCCCUGCCUGUCUACCUCUGCCGGCGGGCAGGAGGCAUGCACACAGCUGAACUCGCACAAGGAGGCGCCAACCUAGUACCGGCCAAGCCCUCGCCCCCCAUGCCCCCCAAAAGAACCACACCUGUCACCAAACGCAAUGCAGAGGACUCCCCUAUGACUAUUUCCUCUCUUCCCUCCAUUCUGUCCGAGGACAUGAGGGCCAACAUCCCCGGGGGCUACCAGUUGCCCCCGCCUCCCCCAUCCCCACCUCUCCCCACAUACAUUCCCCCUUCCCCUCCACGGGUCCACACCCAUCAUCUCCUCCACCAACACUCCUACCCCUACCCCCUGCCCCAGCCACUCCCUGUCCACUUUGACCCUCCUAGCCCGCCGGAGGAACCACCAGCCCGUCAAGCCCCCGUUCCCUUACACAUUAUGAUCCAGAGGGCGCUCAGUAGCCCAGGACCCACUCUACCACACCCAGAUGGCUCCCAGCGUGCCCACUCACUGUUGUUUGAGAUGCCACCGGAGUACCAGGGCAGCCGCCCACUGCCAGUCACCAUCCAGCCUCUCAAACUGGAUGAGGAUGACUACUCCGAUGAAGAGGAGGAGGAAGAGGACGAUGACGACGAUGAUGAGGAACCUCUACCUGAUCACCUCCCAUCCCCUCAGUCCCAGCCAGAACUUGAGCCUCGUAGCCGCAGAUGCCUGGUGGGGGAUCUGAGCGUCAGCGUCAUCCCUGAAGGAAACAACAGCAGCGAGGAGGAGGAAGAUGAGGAAGAUCAUCAGCCGGAGGAGAGCGACUCGGAUGGGCCUGUGCUAUACAAGGACGAUGAAUCGGAUGAGGAUGACGAUGAUGACAGCCCACCAAGUGCUCUGGCCAGCAGGGUGAAAAGGAAGGACACGUUGGCGCUGAAGUUGAGCAGUCGGCCCUGUGCCCCAGACAGGCAGGCUCCUGAGAGGCAGGCCAAAGUAGAGCACACGGGUCUGUCGUGGCAGAGCAAGGAGCAGUGGGAGGCCAUCCGCACACAGAUUGGUAGCGCACUCACACGGCGAUUGAGCCAGAGACCUAGUGCUGAGGAGUUGGAACAGAGAAACAUUCUCCAGCCCAAAAAUGAAGCAGACAGACAAGCAGAGGUCCGGGAGAUCAAGCGCAGACUCACCAGAAAGUUGAGUCAACGACCGACUGUUGCCGAACUACAGGCUCGAAAAAUAUUACGUUUCCACGAGUACGUGGAGGUUACAUGCGCUCAGGACUAUGACCGCCGUGCUGACAAGCCAUGGACCAAACUCACUCCCGCAGACAAGGCUGCUAUUCGUAAAGAGCUCAACGAGUUUAAAAGCUCUGAGAUGGAAGUGCAUGUGGAAAGCAGAAUUUACACAAGAUUCCAUCGUCCUUAAUUGCAUCUUUUAACUGGAAAAUUAAGCACUUAAAGGUCGGUGGAUACUGGGAAGAAAUUACUUUUUUUUUUUUUUUUUUUUUUUUUUUUGAGGAACCUCAGUGUGUCAGAGCUCUUUUCAGACUGCUUUUACUAUGAAUGUACUUCUUCAGAUGCACAGGGACUCCUGGAGCAUUCA